AUGACGAUAGUACCUGAAAACAUCAGUAUCAAAACAUCAUCAUUAGUUUCAACAUUUAUACUUAUACACAAUUACUUUUUCUAUUCUACUAGGGUGGUAAAAGAAGAGAUAGUAGAUGAUGACGCUCAUCUGCCAUGCUUCAACGGUCGAGUUGUCUCUUGGUUGGUAUCCGCUGAAGGUAGCAACGUCUCCGAUGGUGCGUCGCAAUGUACGGACUCUAUGGCACAUAGCGAAGCUAAACACGACCGUGUAGAUCAUACGACUCCUGGGCAUGGUAAUAGAGGAAACGCUCCGCUUUCACACGACGACACGUUGACGGAAACGGAAAGUAUUAUAAGUAGUCGACAAGGGCAUCACUUACAUAAAAGUUCGAGACAUCAUUCGGAAAAGUAUGAGAAAUACAAUAAAUAUAAUGGACUCCGGAUAAAUGGUCAUUCGAAACAUCGCUCUGGUCAUGGAUAUGAAACUGCUUCUAUCUUGAGUUCAGACUUGGAAACGACAACAUUUUUAGAAUCUGAUGAUGAUGCGAGCAGUCGUAUCACGUCGACAACGGGUCGGCACACCAAUAUGAGUAGCACGAUCGACAGGGGCACUCUUGAUCGACGUCGACCGCAAAGAAGACGUCGACACAGAUUACCACCUAUGUCUCGAACAUCGUCAUUCAGUAGUAUUACUGACAGUACAAUGUCCUUAAAUAUUAUAACUGUUUCAUUAAAUAUGGACACUGUUAAUUUUCUUGGUAUUAGUAUUGUCGGUCAAAGCAACAAAGGUGGAGACGGUGGAAUAUAUGUCGGUUCAAUAAUGAAAGGGGGAGCGGUUGCUUUGGAUGGUCGAAUAGAACCUGGUGACAUGAUUCUUCAAGUCAAUGACAUUAAUUUUGAAAAUAUGUCCAACGACGAAGCGGUGAGAGUGUUACGCGAAGUAGUGCAAAAGCCAGGACCAAUAAAACUUGUCGUUGCGAAAUGUUGGGACCCAAAUCCAAAAGGUUACUUCACGAUACCUCGCACAGAGCCGGUACGCCCCAUAGAUCCUGGUGCAUGGGUAGCGCACACGGCCGCUAUACGAGGCGAAGGUUUUCCGCCUCGUCCACCAAGUGCCACAACGUUAACUUCAACUUCGAGUAGUCUCGCGAGCACACUGCCAGAUACUGAACGACCCUUGGAAGAGCUUCACUUGACAAUUCAUACCGACAUGCCGACAAUAGUACGAGCGAUGGCUCGACCUGACUCUGGCUUAGAGAUACGCGAUCGAAUGUGGUUGAAAAUCACUAUUCCAAAUGCGUUUAUUGGCGCGGACGUCGUGGACUGGUUAAACACGCACGUGGAAGGAUUUCUUGAUCGACGCGAUGCCAGGAAAUAUGCGUCGCAUAUGCUAAAAGCUGGCUACAUUCGACAUACAGUGAACAAGAUAACAUUUUCCGAACAAUGUUAUUACAUAUUUGGUGAUUUGUGUUCAACCAUGAGUAACAUGAAGCUAGAUAAUGAUACGGUUAGCCCCUUGCCUCCGCCAAGCGCUUGGGAUAUGCCUUAUUCGGGAACGUAUGCCCCUCAUUCGGCGACAGGUUACAGUCCCAUGCCAUUUAAUUUUACAAAUGAGCCCACGGUAUACGGUUACCAUCGAGAAGAAAGCGUGCACAGUGGUUCAGGUGGUAGCAGUGCGGGGAGCGAACGCAUUUGCAAGGAACCUAUUCACGAUCUAAAAUCAUGUUCUUCGGCAUCAGAAUCGGAGCUGCAUAAUCCGUCGGUGCCGUCAAUGCCAAGUAAAAAUUCCGGCAACGGUAAUGGAUCGAACGGAAAGAGAUCCAACGGGAGCCGCAGUCGUUCCAGUGGUUCCGAACAAUCUGUUCAAACGGGAACAGGAUCGGCGAAUCAGCAGAAUCAGCAAGACUUAUCUGGGCGGCGUAUGCACGAGGAGAGUCAUACACAAACUAGUGAUUUGGACAACAAUAGCAGAGACGAUAUCUAUGAGGAAGACAUUUUGGAAUACCAGUUUUUACACAAGUAAAGCCCUUCGUUAAAAUAUACAUACUGAUGAUAACGCGACCAAUCGAACGAUUGAUCAAGGUAUAUUUCCAUUGACGGUUCAACGUUAGUUGAAUGGAAGUAGCACACGCGAAACGUAUAUUUAUAUAUUUAAUAGGCCAAUUUUGAUAAAAUAUCAUAGAAAGUAAAAAAUAUUAAAACUCAUAAUUAUAUAUGAUAUAACGACUAUACAUAAUAAAAUAUGGCCAUAAAGGUCAUCAUGAUAAUUAAAGUUUGUCUGACAAUGUUGCUACACCCAUAAUUCUCCGUCACUUGACGUUUACAAGUUUCUCCUUGAGAAAAGCGAGGGACGAAGAAGAAGAUAAAGAAUGAGUAAAAGAAGAUAAAACAAAAGACAGCCGCAUAUAUAAAUUGAAGAAAAAGCGAUACGAUAUUAAAAACAGGGAUAAGCAAACAAUGUGAACUAUAUACAUACGCUACCGCUCAAAAGUAUUUACUACCUUAAAUAAAUUUGAUUAGAGAUGAGUUUAUUAAUGAAAUUUUAAUGAAAAGGUCAAUUUGCUACAUAUCUUUAUUGGAUAGGUAGUUACAUGUUAUUCAAGCAACGUCAAACAAUGAUUUAACAAAAAAGUAAUAUUAUUUAGAAUUUUCGCCUCAUCAAUGUUUUUUAUUACAACCUUAACACAGUUUACGCAUCCUGUUGAUUAAUUUUGUAAUUAAUUUUUGGCUUCAAAAUACACCAACGCGAUGAUCUCGGAAAAUGUAUUUAUCAUUUAAGAUUCCGUACGCAAAAUAAUUUAUACAUAAAAUUAGGAAGUAAUUAAGAGAUACCAACAUAAUAUUAAUUUUGUGUAAGGUAAUAAAAUGAGUACAUGUAACAAUAAUCUUUACUUUAAAUCAAGAGACACGGUAUAGUGUCUCGCGCCAAGUACACGUUAAGUUUACUGCAAAAAACUAGAAUUUUUUCUAUUAUUUUCUGAGGUGGCAAAUACUUUUGAGCGGUAAUGUAUAAGGGAAAAAGUACAAUUAUUUCAUCGCAUCAUCUCAUCAUAUUAUAACCGAGAUCGGUUUCCGAGAGUUGAUGUGCCUUUUCCUAUCCCCUUAAAUUUUAAGUCGUACAGAUCAAUAUCAAUAUAUUAUCGAUAACGAUGUGUAAAUAAAUCGUACAAAUAGAA